AUGCCAUAUUGGCAUAACAGUAGCAGAGAGUUCGGCAAGUUGAUUAUUGAUAUUAACAUCUUGACAGGGUGCCGCUGCCAUGAACGCUGGAGAGGCGAUGACAGUACUGUUUGUGCAGCUGACGAUGUUGCUGGGGUAGCAAUGGACGGUACGAGAGUUGAUUGCACAGUUGGUUGCAACAGUAGUGGCGCCUCUGGUACUGGAGACGAUGGUAUACCUGCACUUGCCGAUGAUGGAGUCGGAGUUGGUACAUGUAUAGCAGGCGAUGAAUCUGAUACUGAUGCAACAGAUGGCACAACAACAGAUGAUGGAGGAUUUAAAGAUGUUUGGGAUAAUGGCUCUAGUACCACAGAUGCAGAUAGAAGAAUUGGUGCAGAUGUGUGA